CGGGGAGCAGUCACGCGCACAGGCACGCACCCUAUGGUCAGAGCUCCUAGGUUUUAGAUACUAGGUGAAUUUUAUCUGAAGUCACGUCGUGUUAUCAGCGGGCACAGACAACGGCUGAAGGGAGAAGCUACACCCUCCAUGGAUCCCAAAGACACAGUGUCGACUCUUGGCUGACCUACAUCACCAGCACCCAACCUUUCUAACAACGGAUCAGUUACCGCAAGAUGAGUUUGGAUCUUCAAGAAUUGACGGAAAGUUAACAAGCUGAUGAAACCAUCCUGAGAGAUGAUGAAUCGCUACACCACCCUGAAGCAGCUGGGUGACGGCACCUACGGGAGUGUGCUGAUGGGGAGAAGCAACGAGUCUGGAGAGCUGGUGGCUAUCAAGAGAAUGAAGAGGAAGUUUUAUUCCUGGGAAGAAUGUAUGAACCUAAGAGAGGUGAAGUCACUGAAGAAGCUGAACCAUGCGAAUGUGGUGAAACUGAAGGAGGUAAUCAGAGAGAACGAUCACCUCUACUUUGUCUUUGAGUACAUGAAGGAGAAUCUCUACCAGCUUAUGAAGGACAGAGAGAAUAAGAUGUUCUCUGAGAAUGAAAUUAGGAACAUCAUGUUUCAAGUGAUAUCUGGGUUGGCUUUUGUACAUAAGCAUGGUUUCUUUCAUCGAGACAUGAAGCCUGAGAACCUGCUCUGCAUGGGUCCAGAACUGGUCAAAAUAGCAGAUUUUGGACUGGCAAGAGAGAUCCGCUCCAAACCUCCCUACACAGACUAUGUGUCAACCAGAUGGUACCGAGCUCCAGAGGUUCUGCUCAGGUCGUCUACCUACAGCUCUCCUAUCGACCUGUGGGCUGUGGGCUGCAUCAUGGCUGAACUCUACACUCUCAGACCUCUUUUCCCUGGCAACAGUGAAGUGGACGAGAUCUUUAAGAUCUGCCAAGUAUUAGGCACCGUCAAAAAGUCGGAUUGGUCAGAGGGCCACCAGCUAGCAUCUGCUAUGAACUUUCGCUUUCCCCAAUGUGUGCCGACCCACCUGAAGACCCUCAUCCCGAAUGCCAGCAAUGAGGCUAUCGCCCUGAUGAGAGACCUGCUGCAGUGGGACCCCAAAAAAAGACCCACUGCUGUACAGGCGCUGCGCUACCCGUACUUCCAGGUAGGCCAGAUUUUAGGGCCUCGUCCUCAGAGCCAGGAUGUCAAGAAAGUCCAGGCCAGGCCACAGGCCCAGAGGCAGGCCUCAGAGUCCAAGGCUGAUCCCCAGCAGUCCUCCUCUGAGUCCAAAGCCUCCACAUCCUCCUGCAAAAACCAAAAGCAGCAACAUCAUCAGCCUCUUCAGCAGAUCCCCCUUCCCCAGUCUGAGAGUAAACCAGGAGGCCUUAGCCAUGCAAAAGCAGCAUCUCUGGGCAGUGAGAACAGCGUUGGUGGCGGUGGGAUUGGGGUGCUGAAGAGUGGCCGUCGACGCUGGGGCCAGACGGUGGCCAAGACCUCAGACAGCUGGGAGGAAUCUGACCCUUCAGAAACCGCCGCCUCCAACUCCAAGAAACCCAGCCUGGGGAACGCAGAGGAGGAGAGGAGCCCUAAAGAGCACCGCCCACAGCCCAAGGAGCAGAAACCUUUAUAUUCCUUCAGCACUGUCACUAAGCUACCCAACAAUGUUAAGAUUGGCCAAAUGGACUCUAAUCUCCCAGGAUCUGCCGCACGGCAGCACUAUUUAAGCCAGUCACGAUACUUGCCAGGGCUGAUCGGCAAGAAUCAGUCUUCUUCUGGGGAGAAGGAGUUGAGUGGUAUGACGCUGCGGGACCUGUGGGAGAACUCCUCAAACACUGUGAAUAAACCCCUCGCUCCUAUUGGAGGAGGAUUAUCUGUCAGAGCCAACGCAGAAGAGAAUGGCUUUAAAUCUGAGGAUAGCCCACCAGAGAAAAGUGUUGUUAAAGAAAGAAUACUGGAGAAAAUUGAUCUCUCCAAAGGGAACUUUGUCAGCACCAAGUACAACCUGUCUGGUGGUUAUAUCCCUUCAUUCCAAAAGAAAGAGGUGGGCUCAGUGGGACAGAGGAUCCAGCUCGCUCCUUUGGCCGGCCAGCACACAAUCAGUCUUUCUUCUUCUCCUGAUAAUAAAAAAGAAAAAUCGAAAUCUGCAAAAGCCAAGACCGUAUCCAACUCAUCUCUGAGUGAAACUAAUGAAGAUUACGAGGGCUGGAAGAGGAGGGCAGACAGGACUCAGAUGAAGGGGAGCAGCUACUCCGCCCUGGGGAAAACCUCUGGGAAUCUCCUGACCAGAGCGCCGGCUGUACAGCCUGUCCACGGCAGGGUGGACUGGACAUCCAAAUAUGGUGGAAAUCGGUAGUUCAGAAAGAAUGUUGCGCAGCUUGUUGGACUGUGUUGCCUUGUGGUGCACAUCUUUGGCUAAGGAAGGUAACUGCAAGCAGAGUUAGAAACACACUCAAACCUGGAGGAAAUUCUGUAAGUUCCCUGAAACAGAAAUUUCCAAUAUGGAGGUAGGUGGUAGCAGUCAGAGUAGUCACAGAUGUACAUCCCACACUCUGAGGAGACAUUUUUAAUGCCACAGUGGCAUGAUUUUGUUUCCAGAGAGCCUUAGAGAUGUAGGAUCGAACUGUAAAUGUGCACUAGUCUCUGUCUUUCGGAGAUAACGGUUGCCAUGAUGCUGAAUCAAGACUGAUGUUGUCUGCAAGACAAUCCCACUGAACUCCUGUGGGAUCCAGUGUGAGCCAAUACUACUGUUAGUGUUGGGGUAUUCUCAAUAGACUUUAAAUGUAGCAUCUAACCUUUCUUUUUUUACUAGUAGUUUAAGUAUUGUUUUACUACAGAUGACAAAGCGGUCAUUAAUGAAUGUUUUCCUACAAUGCUGUUUCCUCUGCUUUUACUCUCAGAAAAAAAACCUUCAGUGUAAUGUCUAC